AUGAAAUGGAUACCCUACGAACACUACCUACGUCUUAGUGUAUGUCUAGCGUCGCUUGCCGAUCUAGUGCUGAGCAAUCGGCGCUAUGAUUGCUUGCCGUCCAAAGCAGUACUUAUCACAGGCACUAGCCCUGGCGGCAUAGGCCCCGCCCUCACCCUUGCCUUCCGACAACUAGGCGCCACUCGCUCGUCCGUGGCUGCUGCGGCGAAAGGAGUAGAGGCAACGGCAGGCGGCAGGCUCGAUGUGCUCAUUAACAACGCUGGGGUACGAUACGUCAUGCCAGCGUUAGACAUCGAUAUCGAGAAGGCGCGAGAGUUGUUUGAAGCGAAUCACUGGGAUAGAACGAUUGUGAAUGUGGCAAGUGGGGCUGGUGUUGUGUACAUUCCGCUCCAAACCCCAUACAACGCGUCCAAAGCGGCUCUAGGUCAGUACUCCGAGACGCUUUGCAUGGAACUCGCGCCAUUGAACGUCAAGGUGAUCACUCUUGUGGCGGGGAACGUGACAUCCAAUAGUACCACAAACAGACUGGCGCCUGGGCAGUUGCCCGAAGGGUCAUACUACACACCUCUGGAGAAAGAAUUUGCGAAGGAUGUGGAAUUCUCGUUCAUGCCAACAGCUAAGGUUGCUGAGGAGGUCGCCGAUGAUGUGCUCCGUGGUGCCAGUGGGAGUAUCUUCAAAGGUGCGAAUUCAAUUGUGGUCAAGUGA